AUGAUUGAUUCUUAUGGUGACUUCAUAACCGAAUCGAUCGAUUUACACAGUAACUUGUCUACAGUCUACGCCACAUAUGAUGAGAAAGAAAAUAAUGCAAACUUCAACAAUUCAAUUUGGGCAGAUGAAGCGGUCUGUUCGUCAGUAUCCACAGGAAGUUUUCUUUCAACACCAACUUUUCAAUAUUUCAUUUUCUUCAUGUAUGGUACUAUAUUUAUUGUAGCUUUAAUAGGCAAUGGACUUGUGUGCUAUGUUGUGCAAAGUUCACCUCAAAUGAAAACAGUGACCAAUUACUUCAUCAUGAAUUUGGCUAUUGGUGAUAUUUUGAUGACAAUAUUUUGUGUGCCGUUCUCGUUUGUUUCGAUGUUAGUCUUAAGGUAUUGGCCUUUUGGCAUAUUUAUGUGUAAAAUUGUGAAUUACUCUCAAGCAGUUUCAGUACUAGUUAGUGCUUAUACACUUUUAGCUAUUUCUAUUGAUCGAUACAUGGCAAUAAUGAGACCCUUACGACCGAGGUUAGGUAAAACUAUGGCUAAAAUAAUAGUGGCAGGAGUGUGGGGAGGAGCUUUAUCCACUGCAGGACCAAUAGCCAUAGUUUCUCAAAUACAGAGGCCUACAGAAUGGCACCAGUACUGCAAAGCAGAUGUUUGCCUUGAAAGAUGGGAGCAGGUGGAACAAAACGAACAGUACUCGUGUGCGUUAAUGGCCCUUCAGUUCGGUUUGCCACUUGGUGCUUUGAUUUGCACAUACGCACGCAUAGCCUACGUUGUGUGGGGAGGCCACCCACCCGGCGAAGCGCACACUGCGAGGGAUACGCGUAUCCAGCGCUCCAAAAGAAAGAUGAUUAAGAUGAUGGUCACGGUAGUAAUCGUGUUCACAAUAUGUUGGCUACCUCUCAAUAUUUUUAUUAUUCUAUGGACAGUUCACGAGAGGGACGAUGCUUGGGCAACUUGGCCUGGUAUGCCUUAUAUUUGGUUUGUUGCCCAUUGGCUGGCAAUGUCUCAUUGUUGUUACAACCCAAUCAUAUACUGCUACAUGAAUACGAGAUAUCGUCGUAGAUUUAAACAGGUGUUGAAUAGUCUGCUACCACUUGCUCGUAUGCGUUUAGAUCAACCGUUGCAGUCGGGCCAACGUACUAAUACGUGUGAUGGCAUGCCUUUGACAGGUUUUGGGAAACUUACUACACGUGAGAGAGUAAUUAAGGAUGUGUAA